AUGGUUCUUUCGCGUAAUAAUCAGACCCAUACCUUAGCAACUUUUGCCUCUAAUACAGGCAAGAAGACAGCAACAGAAACUCAUCCCUUAUCUUGGUCGAAAGUCGUCUCUGGACAAGUACGUACCACUCACUCCUUCCGGCCUACCAUCCUAACCCCAGUUCCAACUGCAACAGUCGAGGAUACAGAUGAAGACCCUUCAUCGUCCACGGAACCAACAGUCGAAUUCAUCAAACCGUACUUGAAAGGCAUUGAAAAAAACUCUAUUAUCAUCGACAUUACUGACAGCAAAGAUGCUCAUAUGUUGCGAAAGGCACUUCAAGCCUUCAAUAAAGACGCUGAUGAAGAAAUCGGCUGCGACGACUACUGCGGUAGACUCCCUUCUACCCGCUUCCCUAGUUUACCUGCCGACGCAAAGAUUGUUCGCCUCAAAUUGGAUAGACUUCCCCUAAAGGCCCCUCAACGAUUGAGGAAGGAUAUGGAAAACUGUUUGUCCGAAUAUGGCUAUGCGACAUUGAACCUUACUCCAGCCAACACCAAUGACCUUCCUUUUGAAUCAUUUCAACGAGUCAUUCCUUGGAUGGAUGAUGAUGGAGAGAUUCGCCAGGUAUUACUUCAAUGGAAAAAUAUGCCAGACUUCUGUAGACUAUGUCAAGCUUCUGAUCAUUGCCGUGCAGACUGUCCUGACUUGAAAAAACUACCUGAAGUUAAUACAAUUGAGACGGCAGCGGCUCCUAACAAAAAGGUUAAAACCAUUGUUGUUAAGGACCGUAAGACACCGGUAAAUACCGCAAAACCUAAGGAAGUCACAGCAUCAGAGGUUUCAAGCAAAUACAAGCGUUUCCGUGGACAAAACGCAGGGGAUGAGGCUAGUUAG